UUAGUUGCGCUUUGGACUUAGCUUUAAGCGGUCGCUCAAAAAAUCUAACUUCUGCCAAUCAUGGCGUAUCGCACACACAAUUUGAUAGUUUUGUUGGUGUUUCUGCUAGCUGUGAAAGGGCCUUCCAUAGUACAGCCGCAGCAGAGCACAGACGACAAAUCGAAUAUCAAUAACCAGACUCAAGCAAUUCAGUCGGAUAUAGAAAACAAAUCUACAACUCAAAGUUCCAGCGCUGGUGCAGCUCGCAACACGCCCAAAAACAACAACAGGCAAUUAAGUUCCCUUAUACGUAGACUUUCAUAUCAUCUGGAGAGGCAAAAGGAUGUCAUGAAACGGCAGGAGGCGGACAUACUAAGACUUCAAGCUGACAAAAGCGCAUUGGCAAGGGAGUGCGAUCAAAAUAAGCGCUAUACAGAUGAGCUGAUCGCACAAAUAGCUGAGCUAAGAUCUAAAUUAAAUGCCGAACAGUCCAGCAUGGAACAACUAAAGCAGUGCGCACCCAGGAACUGUUUGGCCGUGGCCAAGCGCACACAACAAGUGGAAGCUAGUCCCAGUCAAGACGAAUCACAGGCGGACGCCGGCUGGACUGUUAUACAGCGACGCAUAGACGGCAGCGUUAAUUUUUAUCGCAACUGGAGCGAUUAUCAAAUUGGUUUUGGCAAUAACCAAGACGAGUUCUUCAUAGGCUUGGAGACGCUGCACCAGUUGACGAGCGCCAAGGAGCAUGAGCUGCAUAUCAGACUGACGGAUUUUGCGAACGAAACCCGCUUUGCCGAAUAUAAUCAAUUUUUAGUGGGCAACGCUCAAGAGCUAUACGAACUGAAAUCUCUGGGCAAUUACUCAGGUAAUGCGGGCAAUGCUUUGAUCUACAAUCUGCAACAAAAAUUCAGCACAUACGAUCGUGAUAAUGACUACGAUGAGGACAAUUGCGCUGCAGACAUGCACAGCGCCUGGUGGUAUCGCGCUUGUGGUGCCAGUGAUCUCAACGGAGUGUAUGUGAAGCAAAGUGUAACUGAUUACCGUGCGGAUAAAGGCAUACUGUGGGCUGGCUCAGACUGGCACGACUGGGAGUAUUCAUUCAAAUCUGUUACCAUGAUGAUUAGACCGAAAUUAGUAUCGAGAAAUUAAAGUGAUAUUAAUAAACUGUUAUUAGUUAUCUGCUCCAUAGCAUUAACUUUCUUUUAGAUAGCUUGUAAACGCAGUAACUGCGUUCUAAAAUAUUCCUUUUCAAAUGUUAAUGUUCCCAAUACAAUAAAUAUUAUGGCUGAUUCAUGGCAUGUCCAUAAUCACAAGA